GCCGAUCCCCGUCCGUGGGGGAAAGCUGAAAAGUAAAAAGGCUGUGUUGAAUUUGAUGAAUAAGCGAAACGUUUAUACUUUAUAGGACCAAGCGACAAGUCGUUUCUUGCUUGUUCCUGCUAGACAUCAAAUGCAAUCUGCAAAAUCUUCUCCCUCUCCUUCCUCUCACUGUCAAGUUGGAGAAUUGAGCCAUCCCUUUUCGGACUCGAGUCCUGCCGCGCUGCCUACGGUGUAACUGCUUGUGCAGGAGUUUGUUAAUUGCAAAAUUUUCGAGCUACGCAUGUUACAUGGUUUGCUAGGAAUAUACUGCUGUGCAACAGUGCUGGAGAGCUAGGAUAAGGCUUUAGUGAAUGAUUUGAAGCUUUCCCAGAAUCCCAUUACGCCAUAAGUCCAGUGACUAGCACAGAAAUGUGACUACAAAUUCAAAUAUUAUUUGUAUGAUUGUCGUUCAUGUAUAUAUUUUCUUCCCUUAUGCCGAGUGUUUGAGAGUUUAAAACUGAAAACUCAAUUUUCUGGAGUUUGAAUUUUCUGAUAGAAUGCUAAUAUCUAUUGUGGAGAAGUUGAAACUUGGGCCAAAAUCUUGUAUAACCAUGUAUGAAACUUUCAACUCAAUUUAUAAAUGUUUUUAAAAUCCCCAAACUGGGUUUUAUUAUCAUAUAUUGAUAUAUAAGUGGUCACAACUGAAUGGUGAUAGAUAAUUGUAUUGAUUGCAACUCUUUGUCCUCUUGUAAGAAUAGACAACCACGGUAGAGAACUGAAGUUUUGCAGUUUUUCUAAGAAUAUUACUGUAAUCAUCAUUUGCCCGUGUCUUUAGGUUGCUUUUGACUCUUACUCUAGAGUAUUUUCAUAAUAGAGAGUUCAGGUUUUCUAUCACUCACUGGAAUUUAUUAAGAUACGUGGCUAAGGGGGGAAAGUGACCUUUUGCUUUAAAUUAAAAAAUAGGUUAGCUUUAGUAAUCUUGGAUUCUUGGUGAAAGGUCUAAUUUGAAGGUUUCUGCUCUAUUUAUAUUUUACUGGAGUUUUAUUUCUAUAAAAUUUCAUGCCCUUUUUCUUUCUUCUUUUCUCUUUUGUUAUCUUUUUGGUUCAUCCAAGAGAAGAGAGAGCUCUUCAAACUAUGCUUUGUAGUAGCAUUUUAAAUUCAUGAGCUCAAUGAUUUGUUAAAGGAAAUAUUCUUGUCUAACAAAAUUGUAUCAUUAUUUCUGCUUUUAUAUGUAGUACAUGAGGUCAAAUAAAUAACUGCUUUUAUAUUUUUAUAAUGUUGAUAACCUUUGAAAAAUUAUACUAGAAGUCUAGACCGAUGUUUGGGAAUGUUUCACUCUGGCACUACCUAAGGGUUUGGUUGUUAUGCUAGCCUGCUUUACAAGGUUGCGCCUUUCAUCCUCCCCAAAAAUUGUCUAACCAAAUUUGUUGUUGAUUGACUGUACGUCAUGCUGUUGCUGUUCAUAUUUGUUAGCUGUAAAUUUUGAUUUGGACUGCUUGCACGAACUUCUCCAUCUGUGGCUAAAUCCCCUGGAUGCAAGAUGGAUGAUGGCCACCAGCGUGAAAAUGGUAGGCAGAAGGUGGACUACUACAGAGGAGCUCAUUCCCUGUGGAGUAUGGCUCCCCAACAUCAGGUAAAGGAACCGAAUGCCUUGGUUAUGAAUAAGAAGAUUAUGUCUGUUAUUGCUGAGAGAGAAGCGGCAAUUCGAGAACGGAAUGCAGCUUUAUCUGAAAAGAAUGAAGCAUUGGCUGCUCGAGAUGAAGCCCUUCGGCAGAGGGAUGAAGCACUCCUGCAGAGGGAUAGUGCCUUGAUGGAACGGGAUAAUGCUCUUGCUGCCCUACAAAUCCAGGAUAAUGCUACCAACUUCUCAUUGGGUUGUGGCACUCAACGUGGAUCAAAGAGGUUGCACCAUUCCUCCAAUCAUUUCAGUCAAAUGGCAGAAACUGCUUAUAGAACAAAGGACUUGACCACAACUGAUGCUUUCCCAGUAACUAUUGUAGCUUCUGAAGCAGGCAAGUAUGACCAGGCUAAGAGAACAAGGGAUGACAAAACAGAUUCUUCUAAGGUGUCAAAACCGUCAGGCAAAGGUAAAAAAGUGAGUAAGGACUUAAACAGGAGGGCUUCUUCUGAAGUGACAAAAAUCAAAUCUGAGUGGGAUAAACAGGAUGUUGGUUUGAAUUUGAUUCAAUUUGAUGAGAAUACCAUGCCAGCCCCCGUUUGCACAUGUACCGGAGUUCCACGGCAAUGCUACAAAUGGGGGAACGGUGGGUGGCAGUCAUCUUGUUGUACCACCACCUUAUCCAUGUAUCCACUACCACAGCUUCCUAAUAAGCGACAUGCGCGAGUUGGGGGGCGAAAGAUGAGUGGAAGUGUCUUUACAAGACUUCUUAGCAGGGUGGCCGCGCAAGGCCGGGAUUUAUCCAUGCCAUUGGAUCUCAAGGACUACUGGGCAAGACAUGGAACAAAUCGCUAUAUCACGAUCAAGUAACCUGUAAAAUUUCCUUCCACAUGGAGUUUCGUGUUCCAUUUCUAUCUCCUCUUCCUGGCCUUCAAUUGAAAUUGUGUCUUGACACGUACGAUACGAUAUGCUUGAAUGUUUGUUGAAGCAAGGGAAUUUUUCAGUAUAAGGCUGGUCCUCUAGCUUAAUUUUAAAUUACUGGUAUAUGGCUAGACCCAACAUCUAUUCCUAAAUUGUGGAUAUCCGUAAGAUACCCUCUCUGUAAAUGUAGUAGUUUAAAUGGCCAAAACUACGUAGUGUGAGCCUUUUUGCUGCCUUGCCAGUUUGUUAUAAAUUCAUUGCUUAGAAAACACUCGUCUUCCUUUUCUUAGACGUUCUAUCUUUAAUCUUAUGGAUUACUGUCAAA